GUUUGCCGUGUUUCUAACUGUAUGUGUCAUCUUUUGUUCUAUAAUCCUACAUACAAAAAUAUCGUUCGAAUUUUCUUUCGCAGCGAAAACGGUGUUAGUCAUAGCGAGUUGUAUUUUUUUUGUUCGUUCGGUUUCUCUUUUUCUGCUGGUAUGGUUCGUAUAUUUUUAAUCGUAUUGCGGUGUUCAUAGCUGAAUAGCAAUAGUAUAGGCAACAUCAACAGCAGCCAAUUCGGAUGUUUGUGAAUAAAAUAGGGAAAAAGGUGAACUUUGCAUCCGCUCUUUGUUGUUUUCAUUGUUGUUUUCAGUGGAGCAUUGGAAAUGCAAAGAUCAUAAUAAACAGUCUUCUCACAAUAAAGUUUUUUUAAUCAUGGAACAUAGUUAAAUCAACAUUAUUUACAAUUAAAAUAAAAUUGAAAAGAAAAUUGCAACAAUCAAGCUUUACUCAGAAAUUACAUCGCUUCAAUCUCUCUGGAAUAACAAAAGAGCCAAAUCACAACACAAACAAUUCAAAAAAUAAUAAUAAAUGCUGACGAAAUCAAAUGUGUUGAUCUGAGGAAAAUGCCCAAUUUUUAUCGUCGGGCAAUCGAAUUUGCUGGCCGGUAUACCCGGCAUCAAAAUUAGUUUUCCAGCACACUGGGGGGUCGGAAGGCAUGGUGUGCCCGUCCCCCCAACCAGCGAUUUGCUGGCCACGAUCUCAAUGUUUGAGCAACAAAUCAAAGCUGAACCCAUGUCAUUCUAUACGACAACAACAUGUCCACAACAACCACCAUCUCAGAUGGUUCAGCCAAUGGCUCCCCAGCAACAACAGCAACAGCAACAGCAACAACAGCAACAACAGCAACAACAACAACCUCAACAAGCUCAGCAGCAACAACAACAACCUCAAUCACAGCAGCAGGAGGUGAGACAAUUAUGUAUUGUUAUUACAAUUUUCUCAAAGACGGGUCCAAUCGAUUUUACAAUCAAUUAUAUUCUUUGUUAG